GAUAGUUGAUAAACUAAAAUGAUGGAGUGCUUGGCAAAUCUUCUCGUUUUAUUGACAUCACUUGCCGUUAUUUUGGGUGUUCGUGUCGUUUAUAUUAUUUACAAAUUAAACUGCAAAAGAUGCGGAUAUAUUCAGCUCGGAAGAAGACGAAAAGAACCAGUAAAAACCAUGAUUAUCGCUGGAUCAGGAGGCCAUACAUCAGAGAUUCUGAGGUUACGGAGUGCAAUGAGCGAGACUUACUCUCCGAGGGAAUAUGUAGUUGCAAACACUGACAAGAUGAGUGAAGAUAAAAUAUGGUCAGCUGAGAGUGAGAGGAAGUCUGGAGAAUCGAAAUCAAAGUUCAGUAUAAUCAAAAUCCCAAGGAGUCGGGAGGUGAAGCAGUCAUACAUCACAUCAAUAGCCACAACAUUGUACUCCUGUUUGUAUUCAUUUCCAAUAGUCUUCAAGUCUAUGCCUGAUCUGAUAUUAGUUAAUGGUCCAGGAACGUGCAUUCCGCUGUGUGCGGCUGGUCUUAUAUUAACGGUGCUUGGAGUGAAGAAAGUGCAUAUUAUUUACGUUGAAAGCUUUUGUCGAGUGGAGACGCUCUCUCUAUCAGGACUAUUACUAUACCAUGUGGCAGAUGAGAUGCUUGUCCAAUGGUCAGGGCUGCAGAAAAAGUAUCCGAAGACAAGAUACAUAGGACGCCUUGUGUGAAACAACUGAGCCAUGACAUUUGAGCAUAUUGAUAAUGAGUCUUCCUGAAGUGUGAUACAACAAACAAGUUCCUGUCGAUGUUCAAUGUGUUGCAUUGAACAUCACUAUAGAUACCAAAAGAGGUUUAUUUGAUAUGAAUUAUAAAAA